AGAAAUCAGUCUUAUCAUUAAAUAAAAAUGAAAAAAAAGGAAAAGAAAUCACUGUUAUUAUUAUGAGAUUAAAAGUGAUCAGAUUUAGAAAUGUUUAUAAAGCAGAAGUGUUAAAAAUUACAUGAAUGAAAAGCUUUUAAUGCAAAGAGGUAAUGGUAUAAAAUCAAAAAUAUGAACUUAGUUGAGUUGAUUGAAUCUACAUCUUUACUUCAAAAAGGCUUUUUACCCCUCUAACUGUUCCCAAAAAGGUUGAGAAACAUGACAAAGACCCACGCUGUCACACAAGGGAUAAAAACUCAAGAGGAGGAAAGUUUGCUGUCAUAAAAACAACUAAACAGGUUUCCUAAGUACGCUUUUCUGUCCUGGAAAAAUGUCUUUGUAUUUAUGAUCAUUUUCAAGGUAACCUAUUUGCAUAAUUAUGAUCACACAUUAAUGUGUCUGAGCUACUGCUGGCCACUGUGCCAAAUAAAAUAGGAAAUAUGACACUAAUUAUCAAUGUGCCAAUCUUUCUGAGUUCGACUAAUUUUAAUAAAAUCAAUCGGAGCAACACAAAUGCAAAGGUAACUUUCUAUUUAAAGCCACUCAGGAAACCUUUGUUCUAUAACUUGCCACUGAAUGUGUCAGGUAAUAAUUCAAACCUUUUCCAAGACAGUGUCUUAAUUUCCUCCUUUUAAUGACCUGCGUGAAGACUACUUUGCAUAAUUGCUUCUCUAAAUGUCAUUUGGCAGGAAUGCCCCCCUCAGGGCAUAAAACUCUGCUGUCCAUAUUGUGCGAGUCGUGCUUUUUUCUUCUUUUUUUUUCUUUUGAAAGCAGUCUUCCACUUCUGUCACCAAGUACUUUUGUGUUUUUAAGAAACCAAAACAGAAGAUUUAGUUGAAAAACCUCUACAUUGGUGGAAAGUUCUCCAUCUUUAAGGUCUUUAAGGAAUUCUAAUGGCUGUAAUUUAUUUAUUUUUUUUGCACAAAUGUUUCUUUACAAAAAUUCAGAUUGCAACAAUAGUGUUUAUUGACAUCAACCUUUUAAGCCUUGUCCCAGAUUUUUGAUUGGACUGGGGCCUGGACUUUGAUUGAGCCAUUUAAGCACAUGAUUAAAAAUAUCAACCUUUAGAAGCUGGUAGAAUAAUUCCUUCAAGACUUGCUUCUGGAACCGCAGCGAAAGAUGGUUCUAGAAAGGGUCCAUUUAAGCGCGCCGAAUACAAAUGCAUGCCACACAUUUCAAAUGUAUGCGUGUUAGAAAAAUUCAAACAAUCCUUCAAUUCUUUUCUUCUCAUUACAACAUUAUGUACCAUUUUGUGUUGGCUUGACACAACAAAUCCCGAUUUAAAAAAAUAUAUAUAGUGAAAUGUGAGACGCUAAAAUAAAAACAUGUGAAAUGGGUGUUUAAGGACUGUGUUUUGUUGUGUUUUUUUUUAGCUUAAUUCCUAUCUAAAUGCAAAACUGAUCCGAACUUCAUGGAGGAAUGUUAAAUGUUACACGUGUGCAGCUACAUUACCCCAUCUACAUUUAGCAAACCACAAAGAGACGUUCCCCAGAGCGAGGUGCUGUGACGAGAUAAUCCUGUCUUCACUGUCUAUGCAGAAGAGAAGGUCAAAGGAGUUCACAGAGCCUUGAUAUAUUUUACAUGAUUGGAUCAAAAUAAAAUCUAAAUCCAGAUUUUAGUUCACUGAUUGAAAUACCCGGCAAGCCUGCAAGGAGAAGCGUGGAUGGAUGGAUGGAUGGAUGGAUGGAUGGAUGGAUGGAUGGAUGGAUGGAUGGAUGGAUGGAUGGAACGAACACCAGUCAAAAUCAAACCCAACAUGUUCAGUUGAUGAAACCCAACAUUCUAGAGAAAUACAAACGACAAAAAGUCAUGAUUUGGAGUUUUACAGUUGUGUGAAAUGUAGUAAUUUAAGAUAUUUUGUGCUGUAUCUUUAAGCGGAAAGUUAAAAUUCACAUGACUGCAACUAGCAAUCAUGCGGCUGCUAGUUGCAACCACCUAGAAAUUCCUACACAAUUCCACUUGAUUCUCAUCUCCAUCUGGGUUUUCUCCCAUUGAAGUGGAUUCCUAUAGUAGAAUUUCAGCCAGACCAAUCAGAAAAUUGGUCAUCGUUCACAAGGAGAAGUUGUGAACGAUGACACCGUUUUUCUGCACUGUUUUAGUAUUGUAGUCUGCCGUAGUUUUAGCAGUGGUAGUGGAGGAAGUAAUCGAAGCCGUUCAGUCCGCGUUGGCCAUGCUUUCAAAUAUUGAUAACAGUAAGAGCCAUUUUGUUUGACUUGGGCCUUUUAUUUUCACAGUCGAGGAUGAUUGUUUACAUCUUAAACUUUAUACUGUCAAGCUGGAUUAUUACAUACGUCAAUGUUAGCAAUUGAGUAAAGUUUCAAACUUCAACAGAGGAAGCAAACGUUUCCCAAGGACCAACCGUCCAGACCCUCUGUAGAAAGCAAAGUGUAGAACAAGGGGCUGGUUUUUACCAAGCUACAUUGCAGCUAUUCUGAUUCUGAAUCUCAUUCACAUUUUGCUUUUGUUUAGGUUCCUAAACUCUUUGGUGGCUCUUCAGAUGCACCUCAUCAGCCACGGAGACCUAAAGUCUGGGGGUACAGCGCAGUCUGUCAUCCCACCGCGGCCCGUUCACAGCAAUGACAGGCGCCGUGGGAAGUAGAUCCAACAGGUACAGCAUUGUGUCAGACAUCAUACCGGAGGAAGAGCUACAGAAGAUUUCUAGCCUUGCGCUCUACAACGGUCACGGUUCUGCCAAGGUGAAGGAGCAGAGCGACGCAGAAAGAGAGGACAGCAGAAGGAGGCCCGGAGCCUCCACUGUCGUGUCUGGCUCCAGCAGACAAAGAGGCAUGAACAACUACAACGGGAAGGUCCUGACCAGGGGCUCCAGCCAAGUCCGGAGCCGUUUUGUGAAGAAGAAUGGGCAAUGCAAUGUGGUGUUCACUAACAUGGAAGACAGGAGUCAGCGCUACCUCGCCGACAUCUUCACCACCUGCGUGGACAUCCGCUGGAGAUACCUACUGCUUAUAUUCUGCACCAGCUUCCUGAUCUCAUGGCUGAUCUUUGGUGUAAUCUUUUACAGUGUUGCCCUUGCACACGGGGACUUUGAUGAGCCCACUAAUCAUAAAUCUAAUGUGCUGGUGGCAGGAAUGUAUGGAGCUUCCUCUGGGCACACAGUCGGUGGGCAGACACAAAGGAUGCCCUGCAUACUGCAUGUUCAGGGCUUUGUUGGGGCGCUCCUCUUCUCCAUGGAGACCCAGACUACUAUUGGCUACGGCUGGCGCUGUGUUACAGAGGAGUGUCCACUGGCUGUGUUGACAGUGGUUAUACAAUCUAUUGUUGGUUGCAUCAUUGACUCCUUCAUGAUUGGCACCAUCAUGGCAAAGAUGGCACGGCCAAAGAAGAGAAACCAGACACUGAUGUUCUCCAAAAACGCCGUCAUUGCUCUUCGCGAUGGCAAAUUGUGCCUGAUGUGGAGAGUGGGCAACCUGCGGAGGAGCCACAUCGUGGAAGCUCACGUCCGUGCGCAGCUCAUACGAUCGUAUGUCACAGCUGAGGGUGAGUUCAUCCCUUUGGAACAGAUGGACCUCAAUGUGGGCUAUGACGAAGGCACGGACAGGCUGUUUUUAGUGUCUCCGCUGGUCAUAGUCCAUGAGAUAGACAAGGAUAGCCCCUUGUACACCUUGAGCCGAGCUGAUCUGGAAGCAGACGACUUUGAGAUUGUUGUGAUCUUGGAGGGGAUGGUGGAGGCCACAGCCAUGACCACGCAGUUCCGUAGUUCUUACCUCGCAAGAGAAAUCUUCUGGGGUCACAGGUUUGAGCCAGUGAUCUAUGAGGACCGGGACCGCUACAAGGUAGACUACGCGCGAUUCCACAAUACCUACGAGGUCACGUCAACGCCCCAUCUCAGCGCAAAAGAGCUCGAUGAAGCUGCAAGCCGAGCAUCCUCCACUGCAUCUCCUGCAUCAGCACAUAGGUCUGCGCUAGACUUGAUCCCGCGGUCUCUGACCGCCUUCUGCUAUGAGAACGAGGUCGCACUGAGCUGUGCGGAGGAGGAAGAGGAAGACAUAUUUGACUCCACACAGAUGGUAGGGAAGGACAGGGCAGAAGAGAGGAGGACUUCUGUUGACUUUCAAAGUAUGUUUCACGACACAGCAACCAUAACCUCAGGCAGUCACAAUGUCAUGUGUGUUCUGGACAUGGACAAUAACCAGAUGGAGUUUGACAUCCUACAGACUGCGAUUCCCCUUGAUCCAGUCAGCUAUAAGAGUGAGCAAGAGGCCUAAAAAGUGGGAGCUUGGGUCGUUUGUCCAGAAAGUUGGAUGCCUGUUCAGCUUACAUCAGCAAGAACAAGAGCUGAAGUUCAUUUUGCCUUUCCAGUGCUUUCUUUCUUUCUUUCUUUUUUAUUGUUAUUGUCUUUUCACGUAUUGUGUUAAAAUUUCAGCAGUACAGUUUUUCCAAGACUGCAGUGCUUGGAGGGCCAUAGUGAUCAAGGAGACUGAUUCAGCAUGUGGACAAAAUAUCUCUGAUGCUGAGGCUUUAGUUCAUAACCAAAUGAAAGCACAAGCAUGUUAAGACCAAGAAUUUAAAGUAUACUUUAGAACGUGUGUAUAUUUCACAUGGUUCAAAAUUACCUUUGUAUAACAUACUUUAUUUGAAAUGUAACUAAAAGAUUUUAGAAGAAAGCAACUGAUUUAGUUAAAAUUUCUCUGUCUUGUACUGAAAAGCUUACAAUUUCAGGGGGAGGUUCUGAGUACAUCCCUGAAGCAACUUAGCCAUUUCAGGGCAUUCUCUUAGUGUAGCAGAUGGGUUUAUUUGCAUUUCUUAAAUCAACAUUUCAGGUUGUCACAAUUUCACCUGGAGCAGUCGUCAGAGCGAUCUGAGGAACUCAGAUAUUCUCAUGUGAGAGUCAAGCGAAAAGCAACUUACAUAUUAGCCAGCUGAAGCAAUGCUACAUUAAAAUCACACACCAGUUCAGAUGGAUAUAAUACUUAGAUAUUCUUCAGUUUUGUUUAUUCAGUUUUGUUGGACACUGAUUAUCCAGUUAGCCUCAAAUCUGCCAACCCAGACCUCAACAACCAAUAUGGCUGCCAUGUGUUUCACACAUAGCAAUAGUUGCAGUGGUAAAAAGUCAAUUUGCGCUUUUUCUCUCUUGCAAUUUGUUCUCAGUAAGUCACUUGCCAUUCUUAGCGCUGUACAUAUUCUGCUGUUGAACGCUUUGCUGUAGUGUUUGUCAUUGCUUGUAUUGCUAAUAGUAGUUAGCUUCAGGUAGGAAUUAUUAUUGUAAAGCAUUACAAAUAUCUUUGUAAUAUGUUGUAUGUGUGCAGUAUCAGAACUAUUGCUAUUUAUGCCUGAUCCUACAAACUCCUCUGGCUGCUGUCUAGUGCAGGGAAGUUAAUGACUGCUGCUAGUUACUCCACGGUGCCCCACACAAAACAAGUAAACAAGCUUCACAACUAAGACAGCUUUUUUUACUGCCUGUUUUGAAUUUUUGCGAAAAACCCCGCAUUUCAAAUGUUCAGUGCUUAAAUUGACAUUUAUGUAAUAUAAAAUGUAAACUAGAUUUCAGAUUUUAUAAAGACGUAAAUAAAUUGAUUUUCUAGGAUUGAAAAUAAUCAAAGUAGGAGUUUUUUUGGUUGAUUAUUCGCUUGGAUGCAGAUAUAAUUAUGUUUUUCCAGCUGUGUUUCUAGUGAAGGUGUGAUGAGAGAAACAACACUGAGAAGUGGCUUUAAGUUGUAUUUGUGCUGCUGCUGUUUGCCAAACGUCUGGAGUUUGGAAGCGAAAGGCGGAGGAGUGCCUCUGAUCCCAUAUGUGGCUAAUGUGGAGAACAGGGCAGUUUAAGUGUACUUGGUGUCUGUGACGGCAGGCAGGGUGAAAGGUCGCCGCGAGGCCCGAACAGGAAACAAAAGGGAUGAAGGCUGCUGGUACAGUCAUCAGAGAUGUUCAGCAUGUCACUGGAUUUGCACAGAAAGGAUGAAUUCAAGAGUAACUGAAUGUCAUGGGAAGUGCUUCGGUAUGAGUUGGUGCAAUGAUUGUAUAAUAGAUGAUAUUACAGGACGACAACUCUUCUUAAAGGGACAGGAGGACGAGAGGUUUGGAUGCUAUAUGUGAUCUAAAUCCGAUUUUAGGGACUUUGUGUAUAAAUGAUUGCUUGUUAAGGAUCAGAAGUCAUUCAUAUGGUGUAACACCAAACCAAGAAAGCUGAUUUGCUUUUGAAAAUGUAAACAAAAAUAAAAUUAUGAAAAAAAAUGAAAUCAUUAAAAGAAAGUUGGAAAAGAAAAACAAAACCUGAAAGAAGUUACGUUUGAGAUUUUGAUUAUUUCAGGAUGUCUUUACAAGCAGCUCAUUAAACUACAAAAAUAUUUGAAAUUGAGUUUUUCCACUUGUAUGGAAGCCAAUAAAGGCUAGCGGGGGGAAAAAUUAGAACACCCUAUGAAAGAACUGUUGGAAUAAUGUAUGAAAUGAACUAUUUGAACACAAGCAGUGGACGUUAACCAAAUGUAGAAAUU